ACUAGAGAGCAUUUCUCAUAGAUAAUUUUACCCCAGUCAAACAUGUUACGAGGUAUUCUCCUGCUGACAUGGCUUGCACUGUCAUCACAGCCCAUCGAGUGUCGACCAGGGGGUGCUUCUAAUGCUCUUGUCUCCCGUCUUGUCAAUUUUACCAAUGGCAAUUACGAACUGGAGAAAAUUCUGGAGAGGGUCAGUUUUGUUGGACGUAGCUGCAAGGACAUUCAACAGAAAUACCAUGUCCGUGAAGAUGGUCUGUAUUACCUCACCACCUCCAGUGGGGUAGUGUACCAGACCUACUGUGACAUGACCACAGCUGGUGGUGGAUGGACACUGGUAGCCAGUGUGCAUGAGAACAACCUAUAUGGGAAAUGCACGGUAGGGGACCGGUGGUCAAGCGAGCAGGCAGACAAUCCCAACCGCCCUGAUGGAGAUGGGGCAUGGGCCAACACAGCCACCUUUGGGACUCCAGAAGGUGCAACAUGUGAUGACUACAAGAAUCCUGGCUAUUAUGAUAUUGUAGGGGAAGAUGUGUCUGUCUGGCAUGUACGUAACAACAUUCCACUAAAACACUGGACCAUUGCUACCAUCCUGCGAUACCACACAGAGACCAGCUUUCUUACACUCCACGGAGGAAAUCUCUACCAACUCUUCAAGCGUUACCCAGUGAGGUACAACGCUGGAGCCUGCCGCACAGACAAUGGACCAUCUAUUCCUGUGGUGUAUGAUUAUGGAAAUGCUGACACCACAAGCAACUUUUAUGGGCCAAAUUCAAGACAUGAAUUCAUUCCUGGCUUCGUCACCUUCAGAGUGUUUAAUCACGAGAAGGGAGCAAUGGCCAUCUGCUCUGGAGUCAAACCCACUGGGUGCAACACUGAACACUUUUGCAUUGGCGGUGGUGGACACUUCCCUGGGCACGACGGCCGUCUGUGUGGUGACUUCGCUGGCUUUGACUGGAAUGGUCAUGGAACACAUGUGGAGUGGAGUGCAUCCAGAGAGAUGACGGAAGCUGCUGUGCUGCUCUUCUACCGCUGAGUUUAGAAUCACGCUGGGCGUCCACAGAUGAACUGAGGCAGAUACAACGUUUGGGAAUGAAUGUGAUGUUUACACUAAGGGUAAUUAAUGUGAUGUUUACACUAAGGGUAAUGAAUGUGAUGUUUACACUCAGGGUGAUUUCUGGUAUUUUGGGCCUCUGGUUGUCCUGCGUUGAUAGGCAUUGAAUAGACGGUGUAAAUACAGUCACUGCUGACAGAUGCUUUCCCCUUCUCUUCCAUUCCUGUUACCUCCAUACUUAGAUUUGGGGUAACAUGUUUUCCACAUAGAGGUCAACCAAAAAAUGCCUAUUGAUCAUUUAGGUGAAAAAUGAUUCUGUACUGUUUGAAUGUACUGUAUGUUUUAUAUAAAUUCAUUGUUUCACACAUAGGUCUAUUCUAAGUUGACUAACCUGUCCGCUAUCUUGUGCUCAUCAUUUUCUGAGCAUUGGUGGCCCUCACCUGUCAUUUUCUUUCCCUAGCACCUAUAAGCA